CUGGUCAUGUUGCCAGGAGGGCCAAAAUCGCGCGAAUUUUCACACGUAAACAACGCGUAGAAUACGUGUUGUUUACGUGUGAAAAAUCGACGCGUAUUCUACGCGCAAACAACACGUAUUCUACGCGCAAACAACACGUAUUCUACGCGCAAACAAGUGUUUACGUGUUGUUUACGUGUAAGAUUUCGCGCGAUUUUGGCUCCCGCGGCCUUCCAUACCUAAAAUCCGAAUUCCUGGCGUCAUGCUAAAGGGGGCGUGUAAAGAUGGCUGCUGUCAUGAUGAAAGUUGGUUCUAGUAAGUUUGCUUCUGUUCGUGUUCAACAGCCCGCUCUGCGAUUAGUUGCCGCCACCGCCGCGCUCAGAGCCGUUAGUCUGUCUGCGACUCAGACACUUCCAGAGAGAGUGAAGAUUGUGGAGGUUGGACCGCGAGAUGGGCUGCAGAAUGAGAAGGCCAUUGUUCCAACUGAAGUGAAGAUCCGUCUGAUUGAUAUGCUCUCUGAGGCGGGACUUCCUGUCAUAGAGGCCACAAGCUUUGUUUCACCUAAGUGGGUCCCUCAGAUGGCCGAUCAGGACGAAGUGAUGCGUGGGCUUCACAAGAAACCUGGUGUGAAUUACCCCGUUUUGACUCCCAAUCUUAAGGGCUUCCAAGCUGCUAUGAAUUCUGGUGCAAAAGAGGUGGCAAUAUUUGGGGCUGCCUCAGAGCUUUUCACCAAGAAGAACAUAAAUUGUUCAAUAGAGGAAAGUCUUGUGCGUUUCGAGGAGGUGAUGACAGCAGCCAAACAAGAGGGAGUUCCUGUCAGAGCCUAUGUGUCAUGUGUACUAGGUUGUCCGUAUGAAGGAAAGGUAUGGCCAAACAAAGUAGCGGAGGUUGCUAAGCGCCUAUACUCUAUGGGAUGUUAUGAGAUUUCCCUUGGUGAUACCACUGGUGUGGGAACCCCGGGUGGCAUGACAGAGAUGUUGAAUGUUGUUAAAAAAGAGGUUCCUGUGGAAGCUUUGGCUGUUCACUGUCAUGACACAUAUGGACAAGCACUGGCUAACAUACUUGUAGCAUUACAGAAUGGGGUAAGUGUUGUGGACUCCUCCGUUGCGGGACUGGGUGGCUGCCCUUAUGCAAAAGGGGCUUCUGGGAAUGUUGCAACAGAGGAUGUAGUCUAUAUGCUGAAUGGACUAGGAAUCCAUACUGGAGUGGACCUGCCCAAACUGUUGGAUGCUGGCUCAUACAUCUGUCGCUCCCUCAAAAGAAGGACAAAUUCAAAAGUAGCUCAGGCUUCCUGUAAGCUUUGAAACAAGUGAUUUUAGGCAUCAUUGUGCCUGAUAUGAUGAAAGCAACUGUUGCCCCUUAAAAUCUGUUGAUUUACUACAUGUCUGCAAUAAAAAGUAUCUGUCAGUACAGGACUGAACAGACCACCUGCUGAACAGUGGCAGCCUGUGACUUCUUUUUCGAGGGCGCUCAAUGCGAAGUUUGUCGCAACAUGUAUGUAACCCAUCAUGUGUGUGGUUCAUAAUUUCAAAGUGUGUAAUCUGCGGGUUGUGCGAUCCUAUGUGCAUCACGUGUCUUGUCAAAAUAAGUGCCUGCUGCAGACGCAUCUAAAGGGUUUAUGAUAAGAGACGCUCGUGUUUGCCAGAUACUCACAUAAUCUCAUUUGUAAUCCAAGUUAACUGUUAAGGGAGUGUCUUGCAUGUAUUUUGUAGGGGUGGGAAUCUCUGGGCACCUCACGAUUCGAUUACGAUUCAGAGGGCAGCGAUGCUAAAACGGUAAUUUAUUGAGUAACAAUCUUUUUUUUUGUGUUACUAUAGAUACUUUGCUUUAAAAGUACCAAGUUAUGACCCAUGAAGAAUUUACUUACAUAAUAUUUUAUUAACAUUGCAAAGAACCAACAGAAAAAUAAAUGUGUGUCUGAACUAGCAGACAUCUCUGAGUGGAAAACGUGUAAUAUGGUUUCUCAUUUGUCGUGUUUCCGAAAUUAUUUCUAGGUUAUGUCAAACAAAACAAAAAUGUGUGGCUUUUGUCUAGCUCAUUUCUUCUUUCAACUUCAUAGAAGCCAAAAUAUUUCCACACGUCAGCUUUUAACGAGGAGGGUGUUCGUAUUUCGCUGUCUGGGCACUGCACUUCCGCGCUUCAGAGUUCCGCCUUUUGCAUUCCAUCAAUAUCACUUUAUUAGAAAACAUUUUUUCAGAAAAUCGAUUUUUGACAUUUGUGAAUCGAUUCAGAAUCGUCCAUCUCCCGCAUCGCGAUGCAUCUGAGAAUCGAUUUUUUUUCCCCCACCUCUACUAUUUUGUGAACGUGAGCGUCUCUUUUAUCAUGAACUGUUUUGACACGUGUGCAGCAGGCACUUAACUGUAUUUUGAAAAAACACGUGAUGCACAUAGGAUCACUCUGCACGCAGAACACAUAUUUUGAAAACACAAGCAACACACAUGACAGUCCGAACACUUAUUUUGAAUUUGCGCCCCUCGGAGGAGCAGUCACGAGCCGCUGCUGCUAAAAAACUGUCCUGGUCCUCAUGACCCAACAUAUCCCAAUAUUCACAAUCAGGCAAGCCCAAACUAAUAAUGCGUUGAUUGUUUGUGAAAAAAUAUCUUUGGUGUCUUUCAUGUGUAUAUUUUUAUUAAAUUAAGUAUGUUUUAUAGCUUGCUGGAAUAGGAUAUAUAUGAUGCCCAAUACUUAUGAAACCUAUUUAAAAAAAUAUGAUUGAUUUCAUAAAAUUGAUGUCAUAAAAUGUUAUGAAUAAUACAAGCAAACAUCUCUUUUGGUGUAACAUAAUUAAAGUGAAUGUAGACUU